AUGCCACCACGGCUGGCUCGACCGAUCUGUCCUUCGCAAACACCGCCCUGCUUGCUCGUCCACAGCCCGCACGAUCUCGGCGAGUCCGUCAAGUUCAUUGCACACGUCAAGCUGUGGUCGCUGGACGGCGACGUCGAUCACAGCCUCGUUCCGAGACCAAAGUCAACCAAGCGAGGAUCAGCCUCCGACACAUCCUCGGGAAUCCAUCCAACAUCGAGCUCAGUUGCGGUGACGAUCGGUCCGCCGGCUGCACCGCCGGAAGCCGAGGGACACAGCUCGUCGUCGAGUCUGGCUCCAAGCACAGCAUCGGGACUUGGGCCGGAGCGUCCGGCGCAGCCAUCGACCACAGAGCCGAGCCAAGAGCAGCGAAGCGUCCCGCUGCAUCUGGCCAUGUUCGGCACGCUGGUGUCGCAGGCCUACUUCCUGUCGGACAUGUCGGAUGAGCAGGGAGUGUUCUUCAUCUUUGACCAGGUGUGUGUCCGGAUCGAAGGGCGGUUCCGGCUCAAGUUUGUCCUCAACGACCUCGAUCAAAGCGAAAUUGUUAAUACAGGUGGCGCAUACUCCUUGGCAAGCGUCAAAAGUGAGCCGUUCAUUGCAUACGGCUGGAAACAAUUCCCAGGAAUGCAGUUGACUACUCCCCUGACUCUUCGGUUCGCGAAUCAAGGAACCGGGCUCCAUGUUCGGCAAGUUAUCCGACAGAGUGUUGUGUCGGAUGUUCAUGAUGAUAGCCCAUCAGUCCAAGGAAAGGACGACGAUGUCGACUAAACUCUCAUGAUUCCAAGGAAGGUUGCGCACAGAGAGGUUGUCGACAAAACCUUUCCUGACCAGCGAAGCGGGUAUAAUGGGCGCAGAGGAGUUGAUUAUGGAGACCGAUGUUGUGGGCUUUCCGUCGGAUGAUCCUCCAAAAUAUUGGUUUUUGUGAACGCCAUAUAUGAAGGGUUUCGGAAAGCGGCGUGACACCACUGAGUCGAAGCUGAUACUCAGACAGGCACAUCAAUAGAUUUUGAUACCACUGCCUUGCCAUCACGAGGCUGGCGAGUGAGUCGUGGAA